AAAAAUAAAAAAUAACACUUGUUCGUCUUAAGGUGGGCGCCUAAGCGCUUAGACAGCCCUCCAACGCCUUGGAACGCCUUGGUUCGCCUUGGUGUCGUGACAACUAGCAUGGAUGUUUGUGGUGAUAUCAUACAUAGAUGUGAAGUUUUCAGAUACUGAACCUAAUUUGAAUGAAUCAGCUGAUAAAAAUGAACAUAGAGGAAUUUGUCUAUAAAAUGUAAACAGUAAUGGAAAGAAAGUGACAUAUGAUACAUGAUUUGCUGACAAAAUGCUUGGAGAUUUAUUCUGGAAGAAGUUUUGGGUUGUUUGGAGAUCAGUGUUACGCGGUCUAUGGCAUGGGAAAAUUUCAGAUAAUCUUCCGUUUUAGCAAAAGAAUUAUUAGCAGAAUAAAAUUGCAUAUCAUCUUACUUUUCAAGGUUUUGAUAAGCUAGGCGUGUAGGACGUGAAAAAGCAAAGAGAGAUGAACAUGUUUCUAGAUUGGUGUAACAUAUUUGCUUAAUAUUUCCCUGUAAGUGGAGCAAGUGGUGACUUUGUUGGUCAAACCUAGAAACAUGAUUAUGCAGAUUAAAGCUCAUCAGGGGGAGGUGUAUGCUCUUUUCAACAAAAAGUUCUCUUCAUUUGCUCUAUUUGAAGGGAAAUCUAGUGGAAACUUCAUCCCAUAUCAAGUUUCUCUAAAAUACCAUGGCAGGGAGGAUGAUAAGAAAUUCUUAGCCGGUCUAAGGACAUGGUUGCUCAAUUUUCAACUCGAUCCAGGAAUGAGUAAAACUUUAUCAUUGAGUGAGAUCAAGGAACGACACACCUUUGAUUUAGUUUGCAAGAUUCUUCAUGUCUGUGAAGUUUCAAAAGAUAAUUGGAUGCUUUUUUUGUGGGAUGGUACUGAUACACCUCCACUAAAUAUCCAAACAAAGCUAGAAGAUGAAAUGGAGAACCCACUUCCUCUACAGUUGGAAUCUUUACCUUUGCCAAGGGAUGUUUUAUGUACAUUUCCUUCUAUUGGGACUAUCUUGAGGGUGCCUGUUAACCAAGAGAAUGAAAAGCUCGGUCUGCACUUGAUAGGUAGUGGUAGGUGGAUAAAGAUUUCUAACAUAAACUGCGAGGAGCAAGCAGGGCUAUGGAAGGGAAAUUUGUUGCCUUCUACCAGGCUGCAAUAUUUGUCAAAUGAGGAUAACAUUGUAAUACAACGACAACGGUUUUGUGAUGAGCGGACCGCAUCUACAUGGGAGAACAUGCCUUUGUCAAGCUUUCCUUGGACUUCUCGUGUUACAGAGACUGAUCAUGAGCAUGUGCCAUUUGUUACAUUAAUGGGCAUGCUUACUCAUGCAGAGGUUACAUCCAAAUUCAAGUGUGUUGUUCGUGUGCUAGCAACAUAUCCCUGGAGAGUUGAGGAUUUCCGUAGCCCCAGUGGUGUAUAUAGGAUAAGGUUGACCUUGGAGGACCCGACUGCAAGGAUCCAUGCAUUUGUGUAUGCUGAAGAUGGGGAGAAAUUUUUUGAUGGCUACCCCACCUUCGACAUACUGAAGAGGAAGCAAAAUAAAUUGCUUGGAAUUACUGAGACAGACGAAGGGAAGGAAAUCGAGAUGGCUCCUAGACAUCCACCAUGGAUACAGUGUUGCCUAAGAUCUUACUACCUUGAUAAAAGAGACAUAUGGGGAACUCGGCGAUUCAGAAUAUUCGACACCAGAAUAGGUACUAAACUGAGUGAAGAUCAGUAGUUUAAUCUUAUUUUUGAAAUGGAUUAUAAUGUUGCACCCAGAUUACACUUCUGUUAUGUAAAAAUGCAACAUUUGUGUCUGUGUACAUGUGUAUAUAUACCCACCCCCUUUUUCCAUGCUAUAUCUAAUAUAUUCUAAGUGGACCAAGCAUA